GAGUGGCUGCUAAAAAUAAGCACCUGCGUGACGUGCAGCUGGUGCCGGCAUAAAAAGAACGGCCCAGGUUCCGGGGAGCGCUAUUCUCAUUAGCGCGCUGUGGCUAAGGCACCUGUCUAGAGACAGGCCGAGCAAGGCAGGGUUACGAGCGGCAAGGGUCUGAGCCAUGGAAAUCCCGAGGAACAAGCCAGGAGAAAGCGAGAGCCACUCGAGGGGAAAGUUCCUGUCGCUGGACAGGAAGGAAGCGAAGAAGGUGCUGGAAAUGUAUGUCAAGCGCACGCUGAGCAACUGUGAGGAUUCCCUGGCUGCUAAGAAGAGGGUGGAGGAGGCCAAGGGCGUGCAGGGGAAGAGGACGAGGAAGCUCCGGCGAGCAGCAAGUGAUUUCUACGAGUACUCCGGUUCCAGGUUAGUCACGAGGAAGGGCCAAGCCGACAGAGCCAGGGCAGCAAGGCCAGCAGAUGCUGCCAGUGUGCAGAGCAAACCGUUGGCUUGUGGGAAUGCUACCGAAGAGGAGCAGAAGCCAAAAGGAAAAGGUUUGAAGAGCUUGCCCCCAGGGAAAACCCAACACCCUUGGAUCAAGGCGCUGCUGAAUUUCUUCUUCCAGAAAAACACUGAUGAUCAUAAAGAACACGCCUGUAAAAAGACAAAGGAAAAAGAAGCCAGCUUGCAGGGGGCUCCUACUGGCACGGAGGCAGAAGUGGCUACAAGAAUUGGAGUAAACUCCAGUGCAUCGCUGCAGCCUGGGAAACCCAGUAAAAAGAGAUCCAGCCUCAAGAGAGCUUUCUCCUUUAAGAAACACACCGCGGAGGAGGAGAAGAAAGCGGGGAUGGAAGCAGGGAUGAAAGCAAAGAGGCCCAGCUUUCUUCCACUGCGGAACAGUCACCGGCCAUCGUCAGUCAGGGGAGAGCGAGAGCUUUACUGCACACAAGUCUCAGAAGAGAUCCAACAGAUAAUCCAGGGCAAUGAAUCCAAAGGAAACAGGAAGCAGAGUUACCAAGGGCCAUCAAGACCUGCUGGCACGCCUGAAUCCGAAGAAGCCAUCAUAAGAAAAAUCGUUGCCUUGCUCAAGAGCACUGGGGACCACUUGGAUGAGCAGAUAAGAGAAGACACAAGUCUCACCACGUUCUUCCAAGAGAUCUCCUACAGCUCCUUCAAGCACCUGGCGGAUGUCUAUGUCCGCAAGGAAGUGACAGCCCAAGGGCCGGAGAUGUCUCCGGAAGAGCUACAAUUUGCAUUCGCGGUGCACUUAACUGCCAAGGUGGCUGGCAUCUGUAACCACGCGGUGAACAGGAUCAUGGGCUUUGGCACCCAGUAUCUACAGGAUACGUUUGUGCAGUUCUCCUACAGCAAGCACGUCAGGGACGGGGAGAAGUUCCACAUUAGCAGCGGUGAAAGCCCCGACUGAAAACUGCUCCCCACAAGUUUG